GAACAACUGACAUAGCCUCGCGCUGUCUCCAGGAGUCGCGAUCAUGGCUGUGAGCAUCUUCGUCCAGCAUGUUGCAGCAAGCGCAAACUGACAAAACCUCAAAGUUCGUACCGCUAAAUCCUCGACCUAUGCUGCAGUCGCUCGUCAACGAAGAAGUCACCAUCCGCCUCAAAUGGGGUCAGACUGAGUACACAGGCCGCUUAGUGUCAGUUGACAGCUACAUGAACGUUCAGCUUAGUGGCGCGGAGGAGUGGGUGAAUGGCAGCAGUAGAGGCACACUGGGCCAAGUGCUUAUACGGUAUGCUGCAGACAUUAACCAAACGAACAGAAAGAGCAUGCGCUAAUACGUGCUAGAUGUAACAACGUCCUCUGGAUAUCUGGACGUAA